AUGGACUCUGAUGCUGCACAAGGCAUGCUUCAGAAGGAACGUUGGGAGGGCACACUUCAGGGCUUCUAUGGAGUAUUGAGGGGACACGAGAUUGGUAUCUACACAAAGUGGAAAGAUUGCCACCAACUGGUGUCUGGAUAUCGCAGUCCAAUGUACAAGAAAUUCGAAACUUUCACGGAUGCUGUCGCUUGGAUGAUCAUGAAAGGAAAGUGUAUUGAUGGCAGACCCAUUGGCAGCAAGAUAGGUCUCAUGAAAGAGAAGGUUGUAGAGUCACCUGUUGUCGAGGUAUCAAAUCUCUCCCUCGACCCUCCAAAGAAGCUUCUUUCAACUGUCAGUUCGAUCUUGGGUGAAUCUUCCGCCCCUCCGCUUGCUUUUAAUACCAGCACACCUCGACGACCACGUGCUUGGAGGACCCUGGCAGACAAUCACCCAUCUCUCGCUACAUCCUCAAAUGCACCAGUGCGGGUGUACCAGUACAUGCGGGAAUUGAGCGGUAUUCAAUCAACACUCUAUAGCCCACCUCCUGCUGAUGAUACACCCCUCCCAUCUUUUGGCGAUAUACCUGAUAGCUAUCUUGAGGCCCAUGGUUAUUCUUCUCGUGCCCUCCUCUGCAUUCAGCACGCCCUGGAUGUUAGUAUGUCUGGGCAACAGUUUGUCAAUAAUCUGUCAAGUAGAGGCCUUCCUGUUGCAGAGGCUCGGUGGUUGUGGUUUAUCAUCACUGGAGACAAUGAAUCCUAA